UGAUUUGUCCAUCCGGAGUGUACACGUAUGACUGAACAGAAGAUUUACAACAUAUUUUCGCACGUGUUGCGUUUCUCAAGAGCUUGAAAGCAACUUUUUCUCUAUCCAUGGCGUCCAGAGGUGGUAAACAUGUGUCUGGCUCAGACGGGAGCGACUUUCUACACCGAGAACGGGUGGCAGACCACUAUUUAGCAAGUGCCAGGAUGAAGACCACAGCAAAGCAGUGCAUGGUGGGACACCUGGUCCUGGUAGCCUUGGUCCUGAGCCACGCAAUCCUGGGACAGCUGGGAUUCCUCGAUCCACCCGCCAAGAUCUGGGAGAAGAUCUGGAUCCUAAGUGCCAUUCCCGCCUUGUUUGGGAUCCAGUCACUUCCCAGGAGCAAAGUCAACCACAUGAACGGCUUUUUCUACGGAGUUGCUGUAUUGGGCUUACUUCCACUGUGUUGGGGAGUUGUAGACUUGCUUCCAGAACUUAGAACUGCAACACAGUUCAUGUUUGGUUACCCUGCAGCCUAUGUAUACUACACUGGCAUCAGUGUGGGAGCAGUGUUACAUGUGCUGGGAUUGUACUACAGUAGGAAGUUAGUGGAAGCCUGGACUUCGAAAGGACAGAAGAGACAGUAAAUUCUGUUUAGUAUCAAAAGAUGAAACAUCUGUAUGAUUUUCUUGCCAUAAUUGCCAUAGCAGUUGUUUAAUAUAUAAUGUAUGUACAUGUAAGAGAAACUUCUGGUAUUAUUAUCACAUAA